AUGUCUAACUUGGGCCUGGUCGACCACUCGCCCUUCAACGCCGAGCCCGCUGCUCCAAUUCCCACCGCCUCGAAUCUUGUUCUCAUCGACAAUUACGAUUCGUUCACCUGGAAUGUCUACCAAUAUCUGUGUCUCGAGGGCGCAACCGUCACCGUCUACCGCAACGAUGAAAUCACAAUCGAUCAAUUGAUCGCCAAGAACCCCACUCAGUUGGUCAUCAGUCCCGGUCCUGGUCACCCUGAGACAGACUCUGGCGUUAGCAAGGAUGCCAUCCGACACUUUGCUGGAAAGAUUCCCAUCUUCGGUGUUUGCAUGGGCGAACAAUGCAUCUACUCGGUCUUUGGUGGUACUGUUGAGAAGACUGGCGAGAUCCUCCACGGCAAGACUUCGCCUUUGCGACACGACGGCAAGGGCGUCUACGCCAACCUCCCACAGGACAUUCCCGUUACUCGCUACCACUCGCUUGCUGGAACCCACCCCACUCUUCCCGAAUGUCUCGAGGUUUCUUCUUGGAUUGCUGUUGGUCCUGACGGAGGAAAGGGUGUCAUCAUGGGCGUGCGCCACAAGGAAUACGUUAUUGAGGGUGUGCAAUACCACCCCGAGAGUAUUUUGACCGAGGAGGGAAGACUGCAGAUCAAGAACUUCCUGUACAUGCAGGGCGGUACCUGGGCCGAGAACGAGCGUCUACAGAAAGAGACAAAGUCGAACGCUCAACCAGCAAAGACCAAUGGACAGGUCAAGGACAAGCAGACAAACAUUCUCGAGAAGAUUUUCGCCCGUCGCAAGGAGUUGAUCGCUGCUCAAAAAGAAAUCCCCUCGCAGAGACCUAUCGACCUCCAGGCCGCCUAUGACCUCGACCUUUCACCACCUCUCAUUUCUUUCCCCGACCGCCUCAAGCAAUCUCCUUACCAGCUGUCCUUGAUGGCUGAAAUUAAGCGUGCUUCUCCCUCCAAAGGCAUAAUCUCAAUCUCCACUUGCGCUCCUGCUCAAGCUCGCAUCUACGCUCUCGCCGGUGCCAGUACCAUUUCCGUCUUGACUGAGCCUGACUGGUUCAAGGGUAGCAUCGACGACCUCAAGGCCGUUCGCCAAGCUCUGAAUGGCAUGCCCAACCGUCCUGCUGUUUUGCGCAAGGAGUUUGUCUUCGACGAGUACCAGAUCUUGGAAGCCAGAUUGGCUGGUGCCGAUACUGUUCUGCUCAUCGUCAAGAUGCUCGAGACCGAGACUCUUCACAGAUUGUACAAGUACUCACAGUCUCUUGGCAUGGAGCCUUUGGUCGAGGUCAACAACGAGGAAGAAAUGAAGAUCGCUGUCGACAUGGGUUCAAAGGUCAUUGGUGUCAACAACCGUAAUCUCACAAACUUCGAGGUCGACCUGGAGACCACGAGCCGUCUCAUGUCGCUCGUUCCCAAAGAGACUGUUGUCUGUGCUCUCAGCGGAAUUGCUGGACCACAAGACGUCGUUCCUUACCAGAAGAACGGUGUUGGUGCUGUUCUUGUUGGUGAGGCUUUGAUGCGCGCAAAAGACACUGCUCAAUUCAUCGGUGAACUGCUCGGUGGCAGUGUCAAGUCCGCUCACAAGGAGUCUAAGAAGACACCCAUGGUCAAGAUUUGCGGCACUCGUUCUCCUGAAGCAGCCAAGGCUGCAGUUGAGGCUGGCGCAGACUUCAUUGGCAUUAUCUUGGUGAAGGGUCGCAAGCGAUGCGUGUCUACCGAGACCGCUUUACAAAUCUCAAAGGUCAUUCACGAGACACCCCGCGCUGGAUCGGAUGCCGUCUCAAGCGAGGAUUCAUUGCCCGUGUCAGCAACAAACUAUUUCGACCACACCACAUCACACAAGUUGGUCCACCCACGACACGCGUUGCUUGUUGGUGUCUUCCAGAAUCAGCCUUUGUCAUAUGUUCUAGAACAACAGAAGCUUCUCGGUCUUGACAUUGUACAACUACAUGGAUCUGAACCUAUUGAGUGGGCAUCACUUAUUCCUGUUCCUGUCAUUCGCGCUUUCCACCCUGGUGAUGCUGGUCUUGCUACUCGUGGCUACCAUGCAUUGCCACUGGUCGAUUCUGGCGCUGGCGGUUCUGGCGAGCAAGUGGACUUGACACAGGUACAAGAACUUUUACAGAAGGACAGUGGUCUGCGGAUCAUGCUUGCUGGCGGCCUCAGCCCCAGCAACGUUAAGCAAGUCUUCAGCGGGCUUGCCUCUAACAUGAAUCAAAUCGCUAUCCUUGAUGUCAGUAGUGGCGUUGAAGAGAAUGGUGAGCAGAGUCUUUCGAAGAUUCGUGAUUUUGUUACUGCUGUCAAGGCUGGACCUUGA